AUGACUACCUUGACCCGUGAUGUGUCGGUAACGGUAGAAAACGGUCGAAUCAAUGGUCGUACCCAAUCAUACAACGGUACCAAUGUCGAGGUCUACUUAGGCAUUCCAUACGCCAAACCACCGGUCGGUGCGCUUCGGUUUCGGCGCCCAUUGGCGGCAACAAAAUGGUCGAAACCGUUAGAUGCUUAUCAAUGGCCGUCACCAUGUCAACAAACACCGUUUGGUUUGGUGUCUGUGCACAACAAAAAUGCAAGUGAAGACUGUCUCUAUCUCAAUGUAUUUAACUCAAAGUCAUCGGUAAAUACAAAUGAUGACCGAAAGCGACCGGUAAUGGUUUGGAUACACGGCGGAGGUUUCAUUAUGGGGUCAUCGGUUGAGACCGUUUACAAUCCUUUAUUGUUGGCCACACAGGGAGAUGUUAUUGUUGUCACUAUUAAUUAUAGAUUAGGACUGUUAGGUUUGCUCAACGCUGGUACGGAUGAAGCACCGGGCAAUAUGUUUAUCUGGGAUCAGAUACAGGCACUGGAAUGGAUACAGAAAAAUAUCGGUCAAUUUGGUGGUGAUCCCAAUAGAGUAACAAUAUUUGGCGGCAGUGCCGGUAGUGUAUCGAUUAGUUUACUGAUAUUAUCGCCGAAAAGUAGGCAUUUGUUUCAAAAUGCAAUUAUGAUGUCCGGUGCCGCCACUGUCUACAAGAGCAUUGCAGAGUCGGCCGAUAGUCAACAAUAUUGGCUAAGUCAGGCCAAAAUAGUGGGAUGUAGUAUUAAUAGUAAUACAUCAAGUCAGCAAUUGGUCGACUGUUUGCGUCGGGUGCCGGCAGACAAAUUGGCAUUACUUCCCACUACACCAUUCGAUACUACCGGCAAAAUAAUACCCGUAGCUGUAAAUGAUGGCCAACUGUUAACUGCUGAUGGUUUGAAAAUGUUGGAAAAGGGUGAACACAAACACAACUUUAGUCUAUUGAUUGGUAACACCGGCGAUGAGGGAUCAAUACUGUUGGCACUGUUGGUCGAUCCGAAAACAUUUGACUUUUUUACACCCAAAAAGUUUUCAUACAGUGAAGCCUAUGAUUUUUUAAAAAAGUUUUCAUCACAUCUUCCAGCUAACCGUCCCAUCGAUGGCGAACUAGUAGCCAAACUCUACUACACCGGACUAUCAAACAAAACAGCCGAUGAUUUAUUAAUUCGUACGAUUGGUCUGGCAUUUGGCGAUUAUGUCAUGACCUGCCCGACUACAAGAUUUGGCAAACAGUUAGCCAAAAACAAUAAUACUGGUGUAAAUGUCUAUCAAUACUAUUAUAAUACCAAAAUAGUUGAUCCGUCAAAAACAGGUGACAAAUGGUUAGCAUCGUUAUGUACCAAAUGGAUGGGUGCCUGUCAUUCAACUGAUAUCCUCCCAGUCAAACCGGGUGUUGUGGAUAACGACGAUUGGCCACAAUUUUAUUCAGUGGACAGUCAUGUAAUUGCACCGUACUAUGAGUUUGCUAAUCAACCAAAUCCAGUGACUAAUUAUAAUAAUAAUUUAAAAGAUAUUUAUUGUGAUAAUCUAUGGAAUUCAUAUAACUAA